ACUUCCAAUCGAAAGCGGAAGUACAUUAGACAAGAAGUCGUUGCAAUUUCUCAGGGAUGGCUGGGAGACGGGCUAUUUCCAAAUUAAUGGAGAGGAGACUACGGGUACUUGUAGACAUGGACCAAACAAUUGCAGACUUCGAGGGAUAUUUUCUCACAAUGUAUAGGAAGAAAUUCCCAGAAGAACCGUAUAUAAACAUGGAGGAUCGACGUACAUUUUACUUGGGGGAUCAGUACGAAAAACUCCAGGAUGGACUUAAGAAAAAAGUGCAAUCCAUAUAUGAAGCUGAGGGUUUCUUCCGUGACCUUCCACCUCUUCCAGGCGCUUGUGAAGCCAUAAAGAAGAUGAACUCCAUGGAGGGGGUGGAUGUAUUCCUCUGUACCAGUCCCUUAUUUAAGUACCAGUACUCAGCCAAGGAAAAGUAUGAAUGGGUGGAGAACCAUCUAGGAAAAGACUUUAUAGACAAAGUCAUCCUAACUCGGGACAAGACCAUGAUCAACGGACACCUGCUGAUUGACGACCGACCCGACAUCAAAGGGGCCUGUGCUGAGCCAGUUUGGGAACACAUUUUGAUGACUGCCUGUCACAACAAACACAUGAAGCACGCAAAACAAGAAAGAUUAGACAACUGGACAGACAACUCCUGGCAGGCACUUAUCGAAGACCGCUUGAAAAGACUCUGAUGAUAAAAUUCAUAGUUUUGUAUUUAAAAUGUGACUUCAAAACAAAUUAGUUCUUAUUAUUCUUAUAUAGACCUCAUUUCUACACUGAAGAUACAUUGUAUACAUUUAACUAUACAUGCUACUCUUCUAGGGUUGAGAUAAUUCAGACAAACUACUGCAUGUUUUAGUGUUGAGAUAAUUCAGACAAGCUAGUGUUCUAGUGUUGAGAUAAUUCAGACAAGCUAGGGUUCAAGGGUUGAGAUAAUUCAGACAAGCUAGUGUUCUAGUGUUGAGAUAAUUCAGACAAGCUAAUGUUCUAGGGUUGAGAUAAUUCAGACAAGCUAGUGUUCUAGUGUUGAGAUAAUUCAGACAAGCUAGGGUUCUAGGGUUGAGAUAAUUCAGACAAGCCACUGUUCUAGGGUUGAGAUAAUUCAGACAAGCCACUGUUCUAGGGUUGAGAUAAUUCAGACAAGUUUCUUUUCUAGUGUUGAGAUAAUUCAGACAAGCUAGUGUUUUAGUGUUGAGAUAAUUCAGACAAGCUAGUGUUCUAGUAUUGAGAUAAUUCAGACAAGCUAAUGUUUUAGUGUUGAAAUAAUUCAGACAAGCUAGUGUUUUAGUGUUGAGACAUAAUUCAGAAAAGCUACUGUUUUAGUGUUGAAAUAAUUCAGACAAGCUAAUGUUCUAGUGUUGAGUUAAUUCAGACAAGCCAAUGUUCUAGUGUUGAAAUAAUUCAGACAAGCCACUGUUCUAGGGUUGAGACAAUUCAGA